GAAGUGGCUGUGUCCAAACAGGCACUAUAUAUAUUCAUGUUCCAUAAGCUCAUUAUGUUGCCACCAAGCCAUGAAGUACAGCCAAGAGAUCAUCUCCCACCUGAGCCACCCCCAACACAAGCUCAAAUUCGAGUACACCGAAACCCCCUUCAAAUGCGACGGCUGCAACGAAGUCGGCAUCGGCUCCAAAUACAAAUGCGGCAGCUGCGACUACGACCUCCACAUGCACUGCGCCGUCCCCUCCGCCUCCAUCACCCACCCCUUCUACACCAAGUGCUCCUUCCAGUUCCUGCCCCGCCCCCCCGGCCUCACGCCGCGCUACUGCAACGCCUGCCAGAAGGACGUGUCGGGGUUCGUCUACCACUGCGGCUCCUGCGGCUUCGACCUCCACCCCUGCUGCGCCAAACUCCCGAUGACGCUGGACGACGGAGAAGUGAAGCUUUAUUUGUACCGGAAGGUGAGCUCGGCGUGUCAUAAGUGCGGGAGGAAGGGGAGGAGCUGGAGCUACAGGUCUGCAUGCAAGAAGUAUAAUUUGCAUGUGGCGUGUGUCAAGGAGAUGCUGGUGGAGACGUGGCAUGAGUUGUAUUUUGGGGGUGGGAUUGGGAAGAAAAAUAGUGGGAAUUAUGAUUAUUGUUAUUAUGGUGACAAGGGUGUUAAAUUUGAUGGGAAUAGAUUAAGUGGGAUUAAUAAUAAUAAUAAAAAUGAUUUGAGGAAGUUGGAGACGAGGAUUCCAAGUUUGAAGGGGACGUUGCAGAAUCAUCAUAAGAAGAGUAAAGGGAAAGUGAAGAAGUGUUGUGAGAUGGCUGGAUUGGCUUUGCAGUUUGUGAUAUCUGCGGUUCUUGGAGAUCCGACUACUCUUAUCGCCGGGGUGGUUGGAUCUAUGAUGUCCAAGUAGUUCAUAAAUCAGGUCACGUGUGUGUGAUUUAGUGAACAAAAUGUCUAAUUGUGAUAAUCAAAUACUACAUGUUUCUAUGUUAAUUAUGAACAUCCCUGAGCAGAACUCUGUAUUUGAUUCGUCUUCUAAGAAUAUAUUCCUUUUCGUUGGUGGCUAAUAAUUUUUUCUAGUUGAUCUUCUUA